AUGGCAGGUGGAGUGUCCAUUAGGGUCAAAGGGAUCCUCGGAGCUUAUAAACGCCCUCCCACAAUGCAGAUGGUGAUUUGUGCCUUGAAGAGCAACAACGACCGAAGAGGAACCUCUGUCCAGGCUAUAAAGAACUAUAUUCUUUUCACGUACCCAACCGUAGACCCCGUUCGCCUCAAGACCUCCCUGAAACAAGCCCUGGAUAAAGGAAUUAAAAGCGGGAUCCUUGUCAGGCCUGCACAUUCCAAAGCAACCGGAGCCACGGGCAGAUUCAGGCUUCCAGCGAAGAGGGCCGUCCAGAAAUCCGGUGAGGACACUGGUGAAAAUGCUGACCCAAACAUUCAUUCACCAAUUAAGGAACCCGCUAAAAAGAUCACGAAAGGGGAGAAGCCAAAAGCAAAGAAAAAUCAACCCACAAAAGUUCCUGGUUUAUCCAAGGCAGAAAAAUCUGAAGCCAUGAGCAGAGGACAACAGGAGAAAGUUGAAAAGCAAUCUGAUCAGGAGGUCCCUGGGGUCUCCAAACCCAAAAAGCCGGCGAAAUCCGAGAACGUCAAGAAAAAAACGGACAAGGUCAAAUCGGCUGCAACUUCGAAAUCCGAAGUAAAGACUUCAGAGGCUAAGAAAUCGGCGACGAAAGGCAAAGUGAAAGGCAGAACGAAAGCCAAGGAACAAUUGGACACAGUCGCCGAAGCCUCAAUCUCGAGCUCUUCCAGCAAAGGAAAGCACCCAAAGGAAGUUACCGCUGCCCCCGGCAAACAGCCGAUAAGAAACCGGAGUAAAAAGGAAGGUCAGGGACAGUCAACGAAAGCCUCUUCUCAGGAUCCUGCAGAAUCCGGUGUUAAAAGAGAUGAGAAGGUGUCAAAGGAGCCGCCAGCUUCAGGUAUUCCGGUCAGGGAAGGGGCUAAAAGCAAAGUGAGAAAGGGGGAGUCAAAAGAUGACUAGGCUGAUGGGUCGGGUGGGGAUUAUGGGCUCUUAUUCUCGCUCCUUUUUUGUAAAUUCUUAAUGUGUUCUGAAAGCAGAUGAUGAUGAUGAUGAUGAUUUUGAAUUAU